CAAGAGAUGAAAGAAAGAAAGGAGAAAUAAUGGUGGUGAGGUUGACGGUGUGGGGGCAGCGGCUGUCCAAAUGGACGUCUCUCAAAUAAAGAAAAGGGAAGAAACUUCUGCCUCUUUUCUUCUGACCCCUCCAUUCCAUUUCCCCCAUCUCAAUUUUAGUGAAAUAUCAAUCAAAAUCCCCCCAAAAAGAAAGUCAUCCCACCUAUUCCCAUCUCUUCCAAUCCACUUUGCUUUCUAACGUAUUUUUCGAUCUCUUUUCUCUGCUUUUCCUUUCUCAUCCCGAAACCUACCUUGUUUGUUUCCCUCACUUCUCAUACUCUAUUUAUUUCUAAUUUUUGGGAAGGGGAUUUAUCUGGAGUGUAGCUGAUCAAAGUCUCCUGUUUCUAAAAUGCAGAAUUCUGAUCAAGAAAAGCAAGAUCAGAGGAUAACUUGCAACAUGGAGGAUUCCCAUAUGACCAUUGAAUUCCUUCGAGCACGUUUACUGUCUGAACGAUCUGUCUCAAAAAGUGCAAGACAGAGAGCUGAUGAACUGGCAAGAAGGGUAGCUGAACUGGAGGAACAUCUAAGAAUUGUGUCAGUCCAAAGGAGGAGGGCUGAAAAGGCAACAGCAGAUGUUCUUGCUAUUUUGGAGAAUAAUGGGGUAAGUGAUGUCUCUGAGGAACUUGAUUCAAGCUCUGACCAGGACACACCUUUUGAGUCCAACAUGGAUAAUGUUUCUACUAAAGAAGAGGAGAGCUCUGUAAGUUCAAAAGCGAGAAGAAAAGAGUCGGAGGAACUUUCAGGUUCCGACGAUUUUUCUUCAGUAUCUGGUAGAAGCCUGUCUUGGAAAGGCCGCAAGAGUGCUUCUCAUUCUCCUGAAAAGUAUAAAGACUCACUUGCAAGAAGGCGCAAUAGCUUUACAUCUAUGGCGUUUUCGUCCCCAAAACAGCGCCAGGGAAAAUCAUGCAGGCAGAUAAGACGCCGGGAGUCAAGGUUAGUAGCAGAGGAACAUAAGUCAGAUGAUGUCAAGGUUGAUCCGCCUGUAAAUGGACUUGUAAACUCUUUGGAAGUUAAUACUAAUCACUCCGAAAGUGAGAAAGACAUGGAAAAGGCUCUAGAGCGUCAAGCACAACUUAUUGACCGUUAUGAAGCAAUGGAAAGGGCCCAAAGAGAAUGGGAAGAGAAGUUCAGAGAAAAUAAUAGUAGUACACCGGAUUCAUGUGAUCCUGGGAACAACUCAGAUGUCACUGAGGAAAGAGGUAGCUCACAAGUCCAAGAGGCAGAGGGGGAACAUAUUUGCUUCUCCAAAGAAUUACCCAAAACUCAAUCCCAUGAUCCUGUCCCACCUUCACAUGAUGAGAUGGAUCAGUUACAGGAACGUAAUUGUAGUAGCUCCUUUCCUCCUGCUUCUCUAGAUCCUCCAUCCUCAGGUCAGAAGUUCGUAUCUCCCAUGGCAAAAGUUUGUAUUUGCUGCUCCAAAGAAUUACCCAAAACUCAAUCCCAUGAUCCUGUGCCACCUUCACAUGUUGAGAUGGAUCAGUUACGGGAUCGUAAUUGUAGCAGCUCCCUUUCUCCUGCUUCUCUAGAUCCUACAUCCUCAGGUCAAAAGUUUGUAUCUCCCAUAGCAAAGGAAAAUCAUGACCAGGAGAGUCUGCAGAGCAACCAUUCUCCGUUACCUAGCUCUCAUCAAUUCGCACAUGCACAUGAUUCCCCUGGGAAGCAGGCAGUGCAGCACUAUUCAUCUGAUAUGAGCAGUAGUUCAAUCAUGGAGCCUUCAGGAAACAAAAAUGAGCUUUAUGCAUUGGUGCCACAUGAAGCACCUGGCAAGUUUACCAAUGUUCUGGAUGCUCUUAAACAAGCCAGGAUGUCUUUACAACAGAAAAUCCAUACAUUGCCACUAAUAGAGGGUGCAUCUGGAGGAAAAGCUAUUGAACCUUCUGUUCAUGGAAGAAAAAUUGGGGAGAGAGUAGAGAUUCCUGUUGGAUGCUCUGGACUCUUCAGGGUUCCAACCGACUUUUCAGCAGAGGCCUCUAAAGUGAACUUUCGGGGUUCAGGUUUGCAGUUAAGUUUGGCAAACUAUUACCCCGAAGCAGUAGUUGCACCAACUUCUAGCAGCCAUCUUCUUACCACUUCUUAUAUGAACACUCAGUCAAGUAGUUCUAGUAACUAUCAGCCAGUUAGUAGUGAUCGGUUUUACAGUAACCCUUACAUGGAUGUUAGAUCAAGUUAUUCUGCAGUCCCAACUGCAUCUGGUUACAUAAAUGAUGAUCAAAAUUUCACAGGUCGAUAUGCAGAGACAGGGUCAAGAUCCACUCAGAAACCACGUUUUGAUCCUUACAUGGAACCAGGCCUACCCUCAUCUGGUCUGCAGAGUUAUCCAACUUUCCCCACCUAUCCUGACCUAGUGCCACAGAUGCAAACUAAAGAAGCAUUUCCAGUCUUCCGUGCACCCAGUUCAGGUCAGGUACGUCCUGAUCAGUUUUCAUUUUACGAUAACCAUUUUCGACCAGAUACUCAUAGAUUCUAGCACAGCCAUUAAGGUUCUUGUAACUUAUUUACUUUGCAUCUUAAUCACAUGAAGAUGCUGGCCGUAUCAUAUCUUUUGAAGGCCGUUUCAGUAUCAGUAUCUCUUUCUCUUUCUCUUCUCUUUAGUUGUCAAGGGAGAUGGAGUUUGCCAAGAGAUGCAACUGUAUUCAUAAAUACUUUUGUAUCAAUAAACAAACUUAUAAUAUUGCUGUA